AUUACUGUUUACAAAAGUCAAACUGGAGUCCCUGUGCAGAGGCCCAGAUGAAGCACUCCUUACCUGUAAACACAUGCUCCAGAUUUGGAAAUCCUGCUAUAAUCUCACGAACCCAAGUGAUUCUGGACGUGGGAGCAGCCUGUUAGACAGAGCUAUUGCCGAUAGACGACAGCUUAAUACAAUUACAUUACCAGAUUUCAGUGAUCCUGAAACAGGUUCAGUCCAUGCCACAUCAAUAGCAGCUUCCAGGGUGGAGCAAGCACUGUCUGAGGUUGCUUCAUCUCUGCAAAGCAGUGCCCCUAAACAAGGUCCCCUGCAUCCUUGGAUGACUCUAGCUCAAAUAUGGCUUCAUGCAGCUGAAGUCUACAUAGGAAUUGGGAAGCCUGCUGAGGCCACAGCGUGUACCCAGGAAGCAGCCAAUCUCUUUCCAAUGUCACACUAUGUUCUCUACAUGAGAGGUCAGGUGGCUGAACUUCGUGGAAAUAUCGAUGAAGCCAAACGCUGGUAUGAAGAAGCCUUAUCUAUUAGUCCCACCCAUGUGAAAAGCAUGCAGAGGCUGGCUCUGAUACUUCACCAACUUGGGCGCUAUAGCUUGGCAGAGAAGAUUCUCAGAGAUGCUGUCCAGGUGAACUCUACGGCCCAUGAGGUCUGGAACGGCCUGGGAGAGGUGCUGCAGGCUCAAGGCAAUGAUGAUGCUGCAACCGAAUGCUUCCUGACGGCACUGGAGCUUGAAGCUAGCAGUCCCGUGGUCCCUUUUACCAUCAUUCCCAGAGUCCUUUGAGAGGGCAUCUUGAUCAACCGAUUUUGGUCUGACUUCUGGGUGAGGAAACCCAGUGUAUCAGGCUGCCUGGUAACUGGUUAGUUUGAAAAACUUUAGAGCUACAGGUAACAAACUCCAGUCUUUUGCAGGAAAGUGGCCAAAACAGUGAUGUGAUGCAAUAUAUUAAUGUUAGACUGAGAGGACAAGAUGGCUAGCCAGAACCAAAUCACUCAUAUCGCCUACGUUUUUGCCCUGGUAGUUCUAAAACAUCGUUAUAUUGUUCAUGGAUGAUGUGCCAUAUUUUGUUAGUGAUAUUUGAGUGUUACAUAAAAUUAUAAUGGAAUCAACUACCAAACGUAGAAUAAUAUGUUCAAGUUAAAAUUCGGUGGCAGAGCAAGCUAUUUUUAACAAGGCUGUUAAUAAAACUGUUCUCUUCCUGCCUCUCGACUUCUUUUGGCCCAAAGUCAAAAUGUGAAUUUUCUGUUUCCAUCUCUAUUUUAGUCCAGGACAGAAAAUCAGUUGAGUUCUUGGGUUUAGUUGUUAAUAACUGUGAUGUGUGGCUAACUGUUAUCUCUAUUUAGAGCAAAGGCUGAGUACAAGAAUAUUUGUAUUUUACCAAUGUAUGCUUGUUACAAAAAAUAUAUUAGUUAUUUAAGUUUAACUUUUUUAUGUGAAUUCAGAGUUUAUUUAUCAAUGGGAAUAUGUAAAAAGAAGCCUCAAAUGGAAUAUUUACUGACAUUCCUUAAACAUGACCCACAUUUGGCUAAACAGGAAGAUUAUGUUAAUAAUAAAAUGAUUUUUAAAU